AUGGAUCCCCCUCGAAACCGAAAACAGCGACGAGCUGCGGCCUCCGCUUCGCGAACGGACUCCUUCGAUCCGUCCUCAAUCCCACUCGCUCGUCCGCAGACUGAUUCCUCAAAAGGCCAGAAGGACGGAAGAACGUUGGUGGACCUGAUUGCGGAGAAACAGGGCGAAAUCGAAGGGAAAAUUGGCUCUCAAGGUUCAAAGAAGGAAGUCGAGACGAAAUACGUGACUAUCGACCCCAACACAGGCGAGAUUUCUCCUUUCGAUGAGGCCAGUCACGCGAGCGCUGGAAAUAGGAACGAAAGUCAAUCCUUAGAAGACGCAGACGAGGAGGCAGAACCUAUUCCACCUCUUGUCGACACCCUUCUGCUUUCGUUUCCCUUGACGGUCUUGCAUUUGACACUGGGCUAUCUUGCCGCUCACCAGUACGCGCAGAGCAUCGAUCUCAAAGCUCUUUUCCGCAAUUCCGGCUUUGUCGCAUUCCCGAUGCUCACACUUCUCAUCCACCUUGCACAUGGUCACAUCGUUAGAUUUCAUCGGGGCCAGGCCGAACCUGAGUCCAUAUCGCUUCUCCCAUGGCAUCCAGAGAAACUCUCGUUUUCGUUUCUGCGCAAGAUGCUCUUUCCGCCGUCUCUGAAGACAAUCGUCUUUCUUCCGAGUGCUGUGAUACUCGGGAGCAAGUUGAUGUCCAUGACGAACGAGGAGUCGUACUAUGCCGUCAUGAAGCAAGCGCCAGCUAUCGGGACAUUGUGGGUGUGGUGUAUUCUGGAGAUUUCCGUGGGGGCGGCUGUCCUCGGAGCAUUGGUACCUCUGGUGUGGGGUAUUUGGUGGAAAGGGUAUGGCAUCAUCUAG